AUGGAAAUACUCACAGCCACGAAGCUUUUGAGUCUUCUUAUGCUGAGCUUCACAAAUGUCUGCCAAGGAGACAAGUUUCUACCUGAAAUGCCAACCAAAGGAGAACUCAAUCAGAUUUGCAACAAAGAAGGGAAAAGAGAAGAAGCUGCGCCUUGGGUCGGCAUCAGGGCCGUAUACGACAGCAUGGAGAAGACCGGACGUAUUACAAUUGCCGGCAACUCUUGCGCCGACUUAGGUACUGAGAGGGCAUUCGUAGGGAAGGUUUGCAAUGACAACAAGUACAAAAUAUAUCCAGAUCGUGGGUAUAUCUCAAGCUAUAUUCUGGAUGGUAUACAUUACUGUCAGGCAAAUGGUGUAAAACCGGGAAUUCAUUCGGUUACUGUUGAGGAUACUGAUCAUUAUUAUGUCACGGUUUUUUAUAAUGGUCCUUGA